CAUCUGUGGCUUAGAUAUGUCAUUACCGAACAUGUCUGCCUCCAUGGUGGCUAGGGCGACCGUCCGAGCAGUCAGUAAAAGAAAGAUAUUAGCCACAAGAGCGGCUUUAACGCUGACUCCAUCUGCUGUGAAUAGGAUCAGGAGCUUGCUGGAGGAUAAACCAGAAUACCUUGGUCUGAAGGUGGGUGUGAGGACGCGGGGCUGUAACGGUAUGACCUACACUCUGGACUUCACCAAGCAGAAGGAUCAGGCUGAUGAGGAAGUGCUGCAGGACGGUGUGCGUGUAUUUAUAGAGAAGAAGGCCCAGCUCACUCUGCUGGGGACCGAGAUGGACUUCGUGGAGUCCAAGCUGUCCAGUGAGUUUGUCUUCAACAACCCCAACAUCAAGGGCACCUGCGGCUGUGGAGAGAGCUUUAACAUGUGAAAGGGCUUCAUGCUGGGGACCUGGCCUCCCUACACAGCCAAACGUCAUCCUCGCACCCAUACUUACCACCCAUAAACCCCACACAUACAUCUCCCAACCCUCUCACACUUCCCUUCCCUUCCUGGAGGCCUGUGAAUAAAGGCCUGAUGGACACAACGUGAGAGAAGGAGUGAGACGUGGUGUGAAGUUCUCUGAGACAGACAUGGGAUGUUUCUGUGCUGCUACAGAACAGAAAUGAGUUGUGUUGCUGUGGGUCUUGUGAUGGUGUACUUGUAGGGCUAAUAUCUUAACACUGGGCUGUGACAUGCUGAGCCCCCUGAAAUCUUGUUACAUAGACAUGCAUGUGGUUCUGGCAGUAACCAUAGAAACAGUACCUGAGAGACUUGGAGAGCUGCCAAAGUAAAGGAAACACCAACAUAUAGUGUCUCAAUAGGGCGUUGGGCCUCCACCAAUCAGAACUGCUUCAGUGCAUCUUGGCAUGAAUUCUACAAGUGUCUGGAACUCUAUUGGAGGGAUGAGGAGACCGUUCUUCCACGAGAAAUUCCAUCGUUUUGGUGUUUUUUUUGUGGACGGCGGUGGAAAACGCCGUCUCAGGCGCCGCUCCAGAAUCUCCCCGUAAAGUGUUGAAUUGGGUUGAGAUCUGGUGACUGAGACGUAAACCAUAUAUGCCAUGGCCAUCGUUUUCAUGCUCAUCACACCAUUCUGUGACCACUGCCAUCCACAGGGCAGGAAACUAAUGGCCCACCCAAAAUUUGUAUACAUACCCCUAAGCAUGAUGGGAUGUUAAUUCCUGAAUUAACUCAGGAACCAAACCUGUGUGGGAGCACCUGCUUUCAAUUUACUUUAUCCCCAAUUUACGCCAGUGUUUCCAUUAUUUUGGUAGUUACCUGUAGGUUGAAUAUAGUCACAUGACGUGUUGGGCGUGUUUGAUGGGUAAUGCUAAAGUCACCGACUGUAGAAAAGGUCGAGGAAGCAGCAUGACAUGGUUUCCUAAGAGAGGGCUGGAGGUCUGUGAGUGCCUCAAUAGUGCUGCCAUGCUAUCUCAAUUUUAAAGUAGUCCAUUUUCUUCAUUGGCUGGGGCCUCCCAAGUGGCUCAGCGGUGCCAAGAGUGUGCAAAGCUGUCAUCAAGGCAAAGGGUGGCUAUUUUGAAGA